UGGGGGCGUGGCCAUUCUCAUCCAUUAAAGUGCUCGUGCUGGGAGUUGAUGGUGUUUGACAUGUGGAUUGAAUGUUGACUUUCUCCAGCGAUGGACGUCAGUUGAUUAAGCGUUCAUCAGCAUUAACCUGAUAUUAUUUACUUACUGAUCCCUCCAGAUUUGUCCACUCUGUGUCCUCCAAUGGAUGGAGCUCCAGUUGUAACCACGGCGCCUCUACCUCCUCUGCCUCCUGACCCCUCUAGAUGCUUUCAAAAUGAGACCUCACCCUGCAAACGUAUUGCACAGCCCCCUCUCAUGGGCCCUCCACCUCCUCCUCCUCCUCCUCCCCUCCCCUCCGCCACCACCACCGCCACUGUCACUACCACCCCCACCUCCUUCAUCUAUGGGGGACCCCUUCACCCGGACUGUCCAGCGGCGCUCCAAAAUGCGCAACUUCAACUGGGAUGCCAUCCCCAGGCACAGCGUGUUGGGCAAGCGCAACGUGUGGACAGCCCAACGUAACCUCGAGAACUUUGAGCUGGACACUAAGCGAAUGGAGGAGCUUUUCAGCCACAACGAGCACCACGGUUUGGUCCGUAAGGGUGGGACUGUCAGGAAAAGUGUGUGGGGACUUUCACAAAUCACUACAGAAUCCGAGAAUAUAUCAAUUCUCAACUCUAAGAAAAGCAUGAAUAUUGGGAUUUUGCUAAAACAAUUUAAAAGGCCACCGAAGGACAUUGUGGAGGCUGUCAGGAACGGUAACCUGUGCUUUGCUUCUGGAAAACUGAGGGAGCUCAGCAAGCUGUUGCCUGAUGACAUAGAAAUUAAGAAGCUGGUGUCAUUCAAUGGAGAUCUAUCUCAGCUAAACGAGGCUGACCGUUUCAUGCUGACGCUGGUUCAAGUGUCGGGGUAUAAAGUGAGGUUAAAGAGCUUGCUCCUCAGAGAGGAGUUUUUUCCCUUUAUUGAGGAGAUCAAACACUCCAUUGCUGUCAUGACAACCGCUGCUAAUGAGUUGCUGGCAUGUGAUGACCUACAUUCAAUCAUCAGACUGGUGCUGAAGGCUGGUAACUACAUGAAUGCUGGUGGCUACGCAGGUAGUGCUAUUGGCUUCAGGAUGGCAUCAUUGCUCAAACUGGUGGACACUAAAGCAAAUAAACCUGGCAUGAACCUUAUGCACUAUGUGUCCAUGCAAGCUCAACAAAUUGAUGAAGCUUUGCUGCGUUUCGCUGAACAGCUUCAACACAUUGGGAUUGCUGCAAGGAUCCAAAAGCAAGAGGUGGAGGUGGACUUUCAAAGGGAGUUGGAGAAAAUUAGGGAAGCGAAGAUGGAUGCCAGUAAACAGCCUGAUCUACUACAUCAGAUGGAAGCAUUUCUUCGUAUGGCAGACAUUCGGCUAGCUGAUGUGGAGGCCUCCCUUCAGGAACUGGACAGCAUCAGUACUUCAGUGGCAGAGUACUUCUGUGAAGACCCAGCCACAUUUAAACUAGAGGAGUGUUGCUCUAUCUUUCAUUCCUUCUGUGAGAGGUUUGAGAGAGCUACACAGGAAAACCGUGAGCGUGAAGCAGCCGAGACUCGUAAGCGGCAGCAGAGAGAAAGAGAAAUGCUAACCAGAACGGCUAAGCGCCGAUCCACCGGCACAUGCUCCAAUCGGGAUGUGACCAAUGAAGCCUCCGCUCUGGAAUCUGUCCUGACCAGCUUUCUCAGCCAACGUCCUUCUCGCAGGAGGCCCGGUGGGUUCAUACCUGUCACAGACAGCCCCAUCAAGAACAUCUGCCCUCAGGUUGAGGAGCGUGAGGGCAGGGGGGAUCUGGACGGCCCUGUGGAAACAGAGGAGAAAUUGAAGAUCUCAAAGGUGGAAGAACCAGAUAACAUCUGCCAAAAGGAGGAGGUUCCACCCUGUACCGUUAAUGAUGUUCAGCGGGCACGAGCUGCUUCCAAAAGAGGCCAGUGCAUUGUUGAUGAACUGAUUCCUGAAAGCAAUGACCUCAAAGAAGGUGGGUCUAGCAACACCUCAGCUAAACAAGAGUUUGAAGAUGGAACGAUGAAUAAAGAAGUUGAGGAGAUUGGAGACAUGGAUAAAGGAGAAGCAAGAGAGAAGGAGGAUAACGAGAAAAUAGAAGAAGCAGACAAAAUGCCUGAGCUCUCUGGCAAGAUCCUCCGCUUUCAGGAUUGUGGCAUUGGCAGCCUGAACACAACUGCUACACCUGAUCGUUCCCGAGGUCAUGCCGUGUGCACCUCCACUCCUCGACAGAGGGAUAUAAAAGAGGUAGAUCUGGCCUUGCAGAAUGGACUGGAAGGUCUAGGCUCACCGUGGACCAUCCUCAGCCCUCGUGUUUCUCCCCGUAACACACCCCACCGCAGACACUCCUACUCCUUCUCCAGGGUGGACAUCCUUGAUGAUGGAGUUUGGGCGUUACCUGACACUCCUGUACGUGACAAGCCCUCAUUCUCCCAUUAUGCAGGAGUGGGGACUUCAUCCUCAUUACCAGACUGUCCCUCAAAGCGAAUUCCAGCACAGGGGACAGUUAUAAGGUCUGCAUCACUUAGUGAUGAAAAAGAGUCGGCACCUAACUUCAAACUAGGACAUAUCUUUCAGAGACGCACUGGACAGGAACUUCCUCCAGAUAAGAGACCGGAAAACUCAGGACUUGUAUCUUUCUUUCGACGCUUCGGGGAAAGAAACAGGGCAGGAACUGUUGGUUAAGAUGACAUGGCUUGUCCUACAAGGAUUUUACUUUGCCAUAAAGGAUAUGAUGAAUGUAGACAAAUGGGAACUUGUCUUACAACACUCUUGAUUUCUUUUGUGUUCUUAUGCAAAUAUUGUGAUAAUACUUGCUGAUGCUAACGUCUUGAUAUUUUAUUAGUUUUUAGUUCAGCAUUAUUAUUUCUAACUAGCUGCUUUUAUUGGUUCACAACAGGGACCGAAAUGUUUUAUUGUUCUUUGUCUUUUAAAGUCUGUCUUAUUUUUAUGUAAUAAACUGUGGAUCCCACCUUUUGAAGCAUGUUAUGCGUGUACAGUACAAUAUUGGUCCCAAAAAAUUAGACACUGAAGCCACAUUUUAGGCAUUGUUGUGUUCUAGAGACAACGGUGAGGGUGUUUUUCAACAAAGGAGUGCUUAAGGCAGCAGUUCUCGACAAGAGGGCAGUGACGGAGAAAGCAGUAAGUUUCCACUGUAGCAUGAGGGACUGCUAGUCUGGCCAACCUAAAGAUUAUAUGGCUGCCUGUACAGAGUGGUGCUGAUGUCUCUAUUCAGUCAUGUAUCUGUAUCUUUGUGUGUGUGUGUCUGUGUUUCCCUUCUACAUUAUUUCUGCUGCAGUCUGAACGUAACAGACUCUUUCUCUUUCUCUGCUGUUGUUCAUCAAGAUAAAAGUAGAAAUGAGGAGAAUUUGCCAUGUUGUCUAGGAGAUGGUGUAUGUUUACAGUACAUGAUCUCACUUGGCUGGUGUUUCAGUGAAAUAAUACCCCCUGGAAAAAGCUGUAGAGCACAGACUCUUCUUUCAUACAGGCCACAGCGCUCUCGCAAUGAAUGCUGAUUUUUGUUCUUAGAACUUUUACCAAGUUCUAUUGAUGUAACAUUUAUUUUUAGACUGUUUAAGAACUUAUUUCCAUAAGUACGGUAAAUAUAAUCUAAUCCUAUUUUCGUUUGUUCCAUUAGUGUACC